AUGACGAGCCCGCCAGCUUCUCCGCGACGGCGGCACAUACUUUCAUCCGUCAACCCCGAAGAGCGUCACGAGGAGGCGCCACAACCCACGAAGCGCAGUUCACCUAUCGCGGCGGAAUCGAAAAGAGAAGAACAACCGGCAGCGGGCGAUGGCGAAACCCUACAGCCUAGAUCAUCGCGCAUUCGCCUGAAGUCGAAACACUCCAAGUCGAGCAGAUCACAUCGUCACCGCGACCGCGAUGAUGACGAAUACCGUUCCUCUCAUCACCGUCAUCACCACCGCCGGCGGCAUCACAGACGAUCAAGAUCACCGACGCCACCGAAUCCCUACGAACAACAAACGCUCGACCCAGAUGCCGCGUUCCGUGAGUCACUCUUCGACGCGAUGGCGGACGACGAGGGCGCAGCAUACUGGCAGGGCGUCUACGGGCAGCCAAUACAUGUUUACUCCAACGAGCGCCCCGGCCCAGAGGGCGAGCUCGAGCGCAUGACGGACGAAGAAUACGCUCAGCAUGUCAGACAGAAGAUGUGGGAGAAGACACACCAGGGCUUGAUCGAGGAGAGGGCCCGCCGAGAAGAGGCACGAAAGCGCAAAAGCGAAGAAGAGAAAAGGAAUCGGAAACUCCAGGAAGACAUGGAACGAAGCCUUCGCCGCGGAGAGGAUCGCCGCAGAAAGAGGAUGUGGACACAGCUCUGGGAAGAGUACACGCAAGCCUGGUCAGAUUGGGCCAACGAUGUGGACAAGAUACCAUGGCCUGUGGAAAGUGGACGACGAAAAGACAUCAACGAAAAAGAAGUCAGGCGGUUUAUCGUCAACGGACUGGCGGUUGAGGAUAUCGGCGAGAAGGAGUUUGCCGCAAAGCUACGCGAAGAACGUGUACGAUGGCAUCCGGACAAAAUGCAGCAGAAGCUUGGAGGACAAGUGGACGACGCGGUCAUGAAAGACAUUACGGCCAUUUUCCAAAUCAUCGAUAAAUUAUGGGCAGAUACCCGGUCAAAGGCGUAG